CACGUGGAUUCUUUAAAUGCACCGUUUAAACCGCCGUGUCCGACAAUCAACUCCAUCGAGCGCAAUCCCCCACAGAAACUGCCAAAGACCCCUCUGCAAUAGCCCACUCAAACCAGACCCUCAACGCCCAUCAUACCAACCUCGUUCCCACCAACCCUACAAAACUACAAAGUAACAAUGACCGACAACCAAGAACCCCAAGAAAACAAGCCUGAGACCGUGCAGCACAUUAACUUGAAAGUAAUAAGCAACGAUGGAGCUGAGAUAGCAUUCAAGAUCAAGCGAACAACUCCGUUGGAACGUCUUAUCGGUGCAUACGUGCAAAAAGCUGGCCAGGACCGCCGGUCCGUCCGAUUCCUGUACGAAGGCGCACGAAUUGAAGGCCAUGAGACACCCGAUGAGAUGGAAAUGGAAGACAACGACAUCAUCCAAGUCAUGGUCGAGCAAGUCGGUGGAUGCUGCUAAAACACGGUCAUCAUCCGGCGCAUCAUGUGAAAGAAAACACGAUAACCAGGAACAAUCUCUGUCCCCUCAUAACCGAUCAACAAUUGCCCCAACGGAGACGGGCAAGAUUGCGAUUUUGAUUGUAGGCAGCGGCUCCUUUUUUUUGCGUAUUGGCGAGCCGAUCUGAUCUUUCGGAUCAGGGAUGUGUGGAUGUGGUGGCGUGCCGUUAGGAUGUAUAUACUCCUUGAGGCUGUAACUUGCUCACAUCGUGGCUGCUCGCCUUCGCCUCCCGCCCUUUUCGCUAUCCCCUCUUGGGCCUAGUCUCUUCCCCUCCCCUUUUAAUGUAUUUUUCUCCUUUUUAUUGUACUGUGUUGUCCAUACCAAAUGACGCAAAAUGCCAUUUGCUGGCGGUGUUGAAGAAA